AUGACGGUCAACAAGACACUGAGAAGCGCCGUGCGGAGAAAAAUCAUCGGCGUUACCCUGGCGGAGAAACUCGUCCGAAUCCUUGGCACGGAGCUUCUGACCGAGAGAAAAGCCAAGAAGAAAGCGAAGCCAGGGAAGAAGGAAUCGAACAAGAGGAUGAAACGGAUCGGAACAGUGACGAAAGUUGGAGUCACGCUCAGUCGCCACGGAACGUCUCGCACGGAAACCAGGAAGCCCGUGUCCUGGAGGAGUCGCCUUAAACCUCAGACUGGCGAAGCAUUUAGAGCCAGUGUGAUUCGAACCCGAGAUAAAGAGCACAAGAUCACGCUGUCGACCAUCGAACCGAACGCCGACAAGAGGGUUCGCUACGACUUAAGAAGCGAGGAGUUCGAACUCGUCCCUCGAGAGGACCUCCUCCUCGACCUCCUCACGCUGCCGUCGAAGAGCAUCCACAAGGACGAGCUUCCGAGGAGCAAGGAGCUAGAGUGUAGGGAUGCACAAAUCGAACCUUUUUGGCUCCGGGUGAAAAAAAUCAUACGCGAAACACCAGAGAAAUUUGAAGCCCUGGAUCUGUCUUCGGACACCGACGAUAACGAGGUCCUGAGUCAAGAGCUAAUGGACCUGUACGGAGAUCGCCUCACCGUGGACCACCUUGACGGCUAUGAAAAGCGUUAUAACCCGUUCAACUUCAGCGAGCGCGUUUCCCAGACAGCGUGGCGGCGAUCCAAGGAAGCAUGGACCCAGACAGAGCCCCCUCCGAGCAACACUUUCUCCGCCAACGUCAGUUUCUCUGUCAUCUACGACGCCUACGUGAUGGACAGCGAAAAAGGGCAAGAAAAGGUGGAAAUCCCGAAGGCGGAGAACGAAGAGCAACAGGUGGAGGAGAGGACGAGGCGAAGGACCUUCCGGCAAGAGGUCAAGCCGAAGACUGGAGGUCACGGGGGCUUUCUGACCCACUCGCUGACGACGCCAGAUAUCUCUGACCUCCUGACGGCCGCUAAGGUCAUGGAGAGGAUGAGCUGUCAGUUGCUUGGGGAUGAGAUCUGCCAAGAUUACAAAUACUGGGACGAUGACAGUGAUGAAUACAAGACGCUUGAAGGGACCCUGCUUCCUCUGUGGAAAUUUUGGUGCCAGAAUACUCGGCACUAUUCCGUGAUGGACCUCUGCUGGCAUCCCCUACACGCUGACCUGAUGGCUGUGGCCUACAGUGCUGAGCUGUCGAAGGCCGGAGCGAGCGAGGGAAUGAGCGGGACCUACUUAGCUGCCGGGACCAAGGACGGAAGCGUCUUGGUGUUCAAUUUGCAGAAGAAAGCGGGCGCGUCUUCGUCAAACAGUGCUUCUUCAAUCUCUGGUAAACAUCUGCUUGCUGUGACUCAGGUAAGAUGGAUACAGAGCGAAACGGGACUACACCCUUGCCUUUUCUCCAUUGCACAAGACGGGAGAAUAAGCCUGUGGACCGUCAGCGCAGCCGGUCUCAGCCACGUUAACGUUUUGGUUUUCCCGCCCGGCGACCACGCGAGAAAACUGAAUGUUGAUGUUGACGAUAAGAUCCGGAAAGGAAUACCGACCAGCAUAGCCGUCAAUCCGGACGACAGCGACCAUUUCCUAGUAGGGCUGGAUACGGGGGUGGUCGUUAGCCAUCGCCGGAGCGCCAACAUCCACACCAUCUUCAGCUUCCAAGCCCAUGUUGGCGCCGUGGCCUCCGUUACGUGGAAUCUGCAUUAUCGAAAAGUUUUCGGAACUUCGUCUGCAGAUUGGACGGUUAAGAUUUGGUUGCUUGGUUGCGUCACGCCCAUAAUAAUAGCAGACCUCAGCUCUCCCGUGGGCGGCUUGGCAUGGGCGUCAUCCAACAGUACGGUGUUUGUGGCCGUGACAGACGACGGGCGGGCGCAUGUCUUUGAUAUUUGUUUACGUAAGACCAAGGCACUCUGCACGCAGACUAUCCGACAGGGGCGGUGGUCACGUCUCUCCUGCGUGGCGUUUAACCCUUUUGAGCCUGUCAUACUGGUGGCAGGGGAGAGGGGUUUUAUUCUCAGCCUGAAGUUAUCGCCUAAUCUGAGAAAACAACACCAGGAUGCCAAAGGAGCAGACGCGAACACACUGAAGGAAUUGGAACGGAGGAAAAUGGAACGCAUCAUAGCCACCAGCGGCAUCUUGCACUCACAGUAA